UGGCUGGAUGAUGUGAACUGCACAGGGGUGGAAGCUGCUCUCUCUGAGUGCCCGGCGAGGCCGUGGGGGGACCACAAUUGUUACCACGGGGAGGAUGCCAGUGCAGUUUGUUCAGACUCCGGGAUCACCGUCUCCACUUCAGUCCGCCUGGUGGGCGGCCCCCACCGCUGCUCUGGGAGAGUUGAGGUGCUUCACAACGACGUCUGGGGGACCGUCUGUGACGACCAGUGGGAUUUACGGGAGGCGAAGGUUGUGUGCAGGCAGCUGGGCUGUGGGACAGCGCUGUCGGCCCUUCCAGAGUCAAAAUAUGGGGAAGGGAAGGGCCAGAUCUGGCUAAGCGAUGUGAACUGCACAGGGACAGAAGCGUCCCUCACUGAAUGCGAGGCGAAGCCAUGGGGAGACAACAUCUGCAACCACGUGGAAGAUGCCAGCGUGGAGUGCUCAGAGGUGGACAUUCCUGAGGAGGGGCCGGUACGGCUCGUGGAUGGCCCAAACAAGUGUGCUGGGAGAGUCGAGGUGCUCCACGAGAACCGGUGGGGCAGUGUGUGUGAUGACCACUGGGACAUGAAGGACGCCAAGGUGGUGUGCAAGCAGGUGGGCUGUGGGUCACCGCUGUCGGCUCUGGGAGGUGCCCGCUAUGGGCGAGGGCCAGACAUCAUCUGGCUGGACGAUGUCGAAUGCAACGGAACGGAAGAGAGCAUCUCUGACUGUCAGGCCAGGCCUUGGGGUGAACACAACUGCUAUCACGGAGAGGACGCUGAUGUUGUCUGUGCAGUUAACAAGAACCUAGAGGAUCCAGAAGCGGCAUGA